GUUUGGGUGCCAGGCGCCCUUGCGGCGUCUCAUGCAAGCGGGUCAUGGCCGGCCCGGUGCGGGGCGCAGCAGGGCCCUGGGCCCUGGACCUGCUUCGGGCCCUGCCUCGUGUGAGCCUGGCUAACCUGAGGCCGAACCCGGGCUCCAGGAAACCGGAAAGACGGCGAAGAGGUCAGAGAAGAGGUAGGAAGUGUGGCAGGGGACACAAAGGAGAACGGCAGAGAGGAACCCGGCCCCGGCUGGGCUUUGAAGGAGGCCAGACUCCAUUUUACCUUCGAAUCCCCAAAUACGGGUUUAAUGAAGGACACAGCUUCAGACGCCAGUAUCAGCCUUUGAGUCUCAAUAGGCUGCAGUACCUGAUUGACCUGGGCCGCGUGGAUCCCACACAACCUAUUGACUUAACCCAGCUGGUCAACGGGCGAGGUGUUACCAUCCAGCCAUCUAAAAGGGACUAUGGAGUCCAGCUGGUAGAGGAGGGCGCUGACACCUUUAAGGCAAAAGUUAACAUAGAAGUUCAGCUGGCUUCUGAGCUGGCCAUCGCUGCCAUUGAGAAGAACGGGGGUGUUGUCACGACCGCCUUCUACGACCCACGAAGCCUGGAAAUUCUAUGCAAACCCAUCCCAUUCUUUCUCCGUGGACAACCCAUUCCCAAGCGGAUGCUCCCCCCCGAGGCAUUAGUCCCCUACUACACUGACGCGAGGAAUCGAGGCUACCUGGCGGAUCCCGCCAGAUUUCCCGAAGCGAGACUGGAGCUUGCCAAGAAGUAUGGCUAUAUUUUACCCGACAUCACUAAAGACGAACUCUUCAAAAUGCUCAGUACUCGAAAGGAUCCACGGCAGAUUUUCUUUGGUCUGGCUCCCGGAUGGGUGGUGAACAUGGCAGACAAGAAGAUUCUGAAACCUACGGAUGAGAAGCUGCUUGAGUACUACAGCUCCUGAGCUCCGUCCAGGGGAGCCAGUGGUAGGAGGGCACUGGAAGGGGUGGUGACACGUGUCUCCCACUGCAUCGGCUCAGUUUGUGUUUCUGAGGAGGAUGAUGUUUUCUGUGUAAUCACGUCUUUCUUUUUUUUUUUUAAUCAAAAUUAAAAAUACAGUAAGCAAGAA